AUGGCUGGAACCUGCAGAUGUCUUCAGGCCACUGCCACUGCCAGAGCCAGAAUCAGAGUGGCCUCUUCCUCUCCCUGCUUUCUAAUCUGUGUCAGUGCCCCCUAUUCCAAGGACCUCGCUAAAAUACAGCUGUCAACUGCCUGCGGAAAUGCUGCGUCUUCCAUCCUUGUGAUCUUCUCCCUGACUCCGGUGCUGAUGCACCUCAGCGACAGUUAUCUUCUGGAUGGAUCAGUGGGCACUCAAAGCGUCCAUGUCAAUGUCUUCCGAGGUAUAGUCAGCAUCCGAGACAACAAUGUUUUGAGUGAAUGGGAUGCACUCUUCGACUACAUAAAUUCCCUCUUAGCAGCUAAGCUAUUUGGCAAGAUGGCCUGUGUCCUGGCCAAGAUGGACCAAGCAGCCUUCCCAAGUUUGGAUGACAUUAGGAAGGCCCUGGACACACAGGCUUCCAAGCAGUACCCAUCCACCCAUGGCCUGACCUACUCUGUUAUACCCAUCCGGGUCAAGAACUUAGCCCAGUAUGGAAUGCCCAUCAAGCACAUGUGCAGAGAAGUUCCCACUUACUUUGCCCAGCAGAAAAAAGAAGGUGCUGCCCUGGCGAUUAACCCUGAUUUCUGUUUUGAAGUCCAACUUCUCUCCUUUAUGGGACUCUCCAUCUGUGGUGAGAUCCUUGGGCUCUGA